AUGGACCAAGGAGAAGAACAAGAUCCCGAGGCCUUGGAGGAGACAUACAUGGGUGGUGGGCUAGGUCCCCUCCCAGAUCACCUUGCAAGCACAGAUCUGCAGGACGUAUUGGCAGCGGGGUCCAGAGGGGGAGAGGAACAGUUUGGGGACAGCUAUGGAAGUCAGCACGGUUCCUCAGAGGCCCAGCGAGGUGACUGUGAGGAGGAAGAGGAAGCUAAGAUGCCUUGCUCUGGUAUCAGCCUGGUGAGAAGGGUGGCAGCAGCCACACGGCGAGUCCCUCGUGCAGAGCGGCCCACCAUCUGCUCUGAGUGUGGCAAGGGCUUCAGUCGGAGCAUCCACCUCGUCCAGCACCAGCGAAUGCACACCGGGGAGCGCCCGUUCCUCUGCGGGGAUUGCGGCAAGGGCUUCAGUCAGAGCUCUCAUCUCAUCCAGCACCAGCGGAUCCACACAGGCCAGAAACCUUACACCUGUGCCGAGUGCGGAAAGAGCUUCAGCCAGAGCUCCAACCUCCUCAAGCACCGGCGCAUCCACACCGGGCUCAAACCCUACGUGUGCAGCGAGUGCGGGAAGAUCUUCAGCGACAGCUCCACCUGCAUCAAACACCAGCGUAUGCACACGGGCGAGCGGCCCUACAAGUGCCCAGCCUGCGGGAAAAGCUUCAGCCAACACUCCCACCUCCUCCAGCACCAGCGAGCCCACGACGGCAUCCGGCCUUAUGCCUGCGGGCAGUGCGGCAAACGUUUUGGGCAGAGCUCUGACCUCAUUAACCACGCUCGUACCCACACCGGGGAGAAGCCUUACAAAUGCAGCCAGUGCGGCCGGGGCUUCAGCGGCAACUCCAACCUCAUCAAGCAUACCCGCAUCCACACUGGGGAGCAGCCAUACCACUGCCCCCAGUGCGGGGAAAGCUUUCGGUUCCAGCCCCAGCUGGUGCGCCACCAGAAGCACCAUGCGGAGUAG